CCCCCUCUUCCACGAUGGAGCGGCUGCCCAUUUUUCCCCAUGUCUUCCCAUCUGCUCUGCCAGCUCUGGUUGGAAAAAGUUGGAGAGACAAAAGGAUACCAAACUGCAAGAUCAUUUUCAACAAUCCCUUUGCUCUGGACUCGGCAUGGAUACAUCCUGAGGAAUGCAGACUGUUCUGUGCUCAGGAGAAGCCUCACUGGCUGGCCGAUCACAUCGCGCUGACUCUGACCAGGCCGCCCCCGGUGGUCAGACAUCUUCCUGCCAUGGUGCUUGCUCCUCGGCCAGUCCCAGGUGGGGGCCUCGGCAGCCUGAAGCCGGCCCGCAGCGGCCCCGCCAUCACUAUUGCAGCUGCAGCUGCCACCCUGGUCUCGGCGGACUCAGAGGGGCUCCGGAGUCUGUCUCCUGCUAGCGUCCAGCCCUGCCACGUCCUGACCUUGGCGCCCAUCAAGAUACCCCUGAGGAGCAUCCCCUUCUCAGACAAAGGCCGUGAGCGAGGCCGGCCCCCCGGGCCCCCCAGCCCGGUGCUGCCUGCGGAGGGGAAGAGCUGGACAAGAGCCCAGGGAGGCACGGAGCCGCCCCCCACCCUCGUGCGCGGAGACGAGAGCCUCACCAAAGGCAGCCGCCCGGUGGCCUCCACCCCGGUGCCUGGAUCCCCCUGGUGCGUGGUCUGGACCGGAGAUGACCGGGUCUUCUUCUUCAACCCAACCAUGCAGCUGUCCGUCUGGGAGAAGCCCCUGGACCUUAAGAACCGUGGUGACCUCACCAGGAUCAUCGAAGACCCUCCCCACAAGCGCAAACUGGAGGCUUCAGCACCUGACCACAGCGAGGGGUCCAGUUCUGAGGACGAUGGCGAGGACCAGACAGUGAAGACCAAGAGGAACCGGACUGAAGGCCAUGAGAUCCUGGAGCCAGAAGCAGAGAGAGAGGGUGGGGCUGUGGAGAUGCCCCCAGCCCAGGUCCUGCUGCCCCUGGAGGAGAGGGUGACACGCUUCCGGGACAUGCUCCUGGAGAGAGGGGUGUCAGCGUUUUCUACCUGGGAGAAGGAACUGCACAAGAUCGUGUUUGACCCACGCUACCUGCUGCUCAACUUGGAGGAGCGGAAGCAGAUAUUCGAGCAGUUUGUGAAGACCAGAAUCAAGGAAGAAUACAAGGAAAAGAAAAACAAGUUGCUGCUAGCCAAAGAGGGGUUCAGAAAACUUCUGGAGGAGUCUAAAGUGUCCCCCAGGACCACCUUCAAGGACUUUGCUGACAAGUAUGGCCGGGAUCAGAGGUUCCGGCUUGUGCAGAAGAGGAAGGACCAGGAGCAGUUCUUCAACCAGUUCAUACAGAUGCUGAAGAAACGGGACAAAGAAAACAGACUGAGGCUGCGGAGGAUGAGAUGAGCCUGCGGCCACCCCCUGCGGUCACCACCCCCCCAAAAGGGCCUUGGGCCCGGACAGUCCAAUUACUGUUUCAUAUUGAAGCUCUCUUUGUACAGCGUUCAGAGUCUGACACGUUCCUAAUUGCCAUGAUACGUCGCUCCCUUAAUUGUUUUAAUUAUGCAAAUCACAUGUAAUAUACACAAAUGAUACAUCCACAGCAGGUUUGUAAUUAAGCAAGCCCCCGCCGACUUCCACGAUAGCGUCCCCGGGGUUUCCCACAGUGCCCCUCUCUGAGGUCUCUGAGAGCCCCUCUGUCCAGCAGCAGCUCUGUGGCAGGGAGGGGUGUCCCUGCCUUGGGCCAGCACCCGAGUCCUUGUGUAGGGCGCACAUCACCAGCCAUAGUGGCCACGCCCAACCUCUGGACACAUUGACCACGAGGACCGCAAGUGAGCGCCAAGGCCUGGCUCCCCGGGGUGGGGGUGGGGGUGGGCACCUGGGCCUGCCGAGGGGCACCCGGCAGCGUGUCUGGAGAUUCCACUUAAAAAUAGAAUUAUUUUGUACAAAUCAUCGUGUUAAUAGUUGAGUUAUUUUUAUC